UUUUUGCAUAAAUUAUACAUUUCGGAGGUGAUGUAAGAAAGCCCAAAUGAAUUCUACUUUCAUCAUAUGGCAAGAAAUGGGAAAUGCUCACAACAGUAAAAUUGCAGCAAUCUGUUUGAUAAUUUUCUUGGUAUAUAAAGCAUGGGAAGUGUUGAAGUGGAUAUGGAUUAAGCCAAAGAAACUGGAGAAUUGCCUCAGACAACAGGGACUCAAGGGAAAUUCCUACAGGCUAUUCUAUGGAGAUAUGAAAGAAUUGUCCAAAAGUCUCAAGGAAAUGAAUUCAAAGCCCAUCAUCAAUCUAUCAAAUGAAGUAGCCCCAAGAAUUAUUCCUUAUUAUCUUGAAAUCAUCCAAAAAUAUGACUUUUCCCAGUAAAAUGAACAAAAGAAUGAAAGAAUGUGAAAAGGAAGUACGAGAAACAAUUACGCGUCUAAUUGACAACAGAUUAAAGGCAAAAGAAGAAGGCAAUGGCAAGGCCCUCAAUGAUGACCUAUUGGGUAUAUUAUUAGAGUCAAAUUCUAUAGAAAUUGAAGAACAUAGUAAUAAAAAGUUUGGAAUGAGUAUACCUGAAGUAAUUGAAGAGUGCAAAUUAUUCUAUUUUGCUGGGCAAGAGACUACAUCAGUAUUGCUUGUGUGGACAAUGAUUUUGUUAGGGAGAAAUCCAGAAUGGCAAGAACGUGCUAGGGAGGAAGUUUUUCAAGCCUUUGAAAGUGGUGACGAUGAUUUUGUACGAGUCUUUAAGGUUAUAUCCACCAAUAGCAACUCGUACUCGAAGGACUAAGGAAGAGACAAAAUUAGGGGAACUAGAUUUGCCAAAGGGUGCACUGCUCUUUAUGCCAGCAAUCUUAUCGCAUCAUGACAAGAAAUUUGGGGUGAAGAUGCAAAGGAGUUUAAUCCAGAGAGAUUUAGCGAAGGGGUAGCAAAGGCAACAAAGGGGCAAAUGAUAUAUUUUCCAUUUGGUGCAGGACCACGAAAAUGCAUUGGGCAAAACUUCGCGAUUUUGGAAGCAAAAAUGGCUAUAACUAUGAUUCUACAACGCUUCUCCUUCGAGCUCUCUCCAUCUUAUACACACUCUCCAUACACUAUGGUCACUUUGAAACUCAAAUAUAGUGCUCCCCUAAUAAUGCACAGGCUGUAGUUUGAUGACAAAUCAAGUCCUGUGAGAAUAAGCUAUCCGAGGAAUUCAGUUCCUCUACUAGUUUGACAGCAUAUUAAUUUGACCUGAUGUUUUUAUAUAUAGUCAUCAAUAUACCUUUCAGUGUUGCAGCAUACAUCUAUCUAUUUCAAUAUGUUACAUCAUUCUUCCUAGAGUGAUACCUCACAUGUUUCAAACCGUCAAGAAAUACGAUAUUAAGUACAUACUGUACUUAGUAGUUC